GGGGUGGCGCGGUCUGCGGUGGUGUUUGGGCGGGUGGGCUGCGGACGGCGUUGCCGAUGCCUGCCCGCUGUCGUCGCCGCUCCGUAUUGUACCGUAGCCCCGCAGCGGGAGCGGCGGCAGCAGCCCGCUGAUAUGAGGAGCUACUUGUGGUCGCGCUAUAAGGAGGCCAAGCGGGUUACCAAGGAAUUAGUUCCUUCAAUUAUGAGUAACAUGCUGAACCCGGAUGCCAUUUUUUCAAACAAUGAAAUGAGCCUGUCAGAUAUUGAAAUCUAUGGGUUUGAUUAUGACUACACGUUGGUCUUUUAUUCUAAGCAUCUGCACACUUUGAUCUUCAAUGCUGCUCGAGAUCUUCUUAUUAAUGAGCAUAGGUAUCCUGCAGAAAUAAGGAAGUAUGAUUAUGAUCCGAAUUUUGCAAUAAGAGGACUUCAUUAUGAUGUGCACCGGGCAUUAUUAAUGAAGAUUGAUGCUUUUCAUUAUAUACAGCUAGGAACAGUGUACAGAGGCCUCAGUGUUGUCCCAGAUGAAGAAGUCAUUGCAAUGUAUGAUGGUUCCCAUGUUCCCUUGGAACAAAUGAGUGACUUUUAUGGAAAGAGCUCACAAGGAAAUACAAUGAAGCAAUUCAUGGAUAUAUUUUCCUUGCCAGAGAUGACACUCCUUUCCUGUGUGAAUGAGUAUUUUCUGAAAAACAACAUAGACUAUGAGCCUGUUCAUCUGUACAAAGAUGUCAAGGAUUCAAUCAGAGAUGUCCACAUCAAAGGAAUAAUGUAUAGAGCAAUUGAAGCAGAUAUUGAGAAAUAUAUCUGUUAUGCUGAACAAACUCGUGCAGUAUUAGCUAAGCUGGCUGAUCAUGGCAAGAAGAUGUUUCUUAUCACAAACAGUCCCAGCAGUUUUGUGGACAAAGGCAUGAGGUUCAUAGUUGGCAAGGACUGGAGGGAUCUCUUUGAUGUGGUCAUUGUGCAGGCUGAUAAGCCAAACUUCUUCAAUGAUAAGCGAAGACCAUUUCGGAAGGUGAAUGAAAGGGGAGUGUUGCUUUGGGACAAAAUCCACAAACUGCAGAAAGGCCAGAUCUACAAACAGGGCAACUUGUACGAAUUUCUGAAGCUGACUGGUUGGAGGGGCUCUAAGGUGCUCUACUUUGGUGAUCACAUCUACAGUGACUUGGCAGAUUUGACCCUGAAGCACGGCUGGCGCACUGGUGCAAUUAUCCCAGAGUUACGAUCAGAGAUUAAAAUCAUGAACACAGAGAAGUACAUUCAAACCAUGACCUGGCUGCAAACUCUGACAGGAUUACUGGAACACAUGCAGGUUCACCGUGAUCCUGAUUCACAAAUGAUUUUAGAAGAAUGGAAGAAGGAAAGAAAGGAGAUGAGGGAAAUGAACAGGAAUUUCUUCAACGCACAAUUUGGAAGCUUGUUCAGAACAGAUGAGAAUCCCACUUACUUCCUCAGACGUCUCUCUAGAUUUGCAGAUAUCUACAUGGCAUCACUGAGUUGUCUCUUGAACUAUGAGCCUGAUUACACAUUUUAUCCAAGAAGGACUCCUUUGCAGCACGAACUUCCUGGCUGGUCAGACCAGCUGUGUACUGGUACAUUCAGAAUACCCUUCCUACAAGAGACAGUUCAGGUCAAAUAAGCACUUGCCUUGUUCUCUCUAAAAUGGGCUAAUUUGUUUUUUUUUGUUUUGUUUUGAAUAUAGAUGUAUUUUAAGUCACUUAAAUCAUUACCUUGAUUUAGAUGUAAUUCAUACUUGUUCUUAUAAGCAUUGUACUUAUUUUCUCUCCUGCUCAGAGAUGCGAAACCUGUUCUUACGCACAGAGGAUAUGCUGGACUGCUGAAAUAGUUGUGGGCUGGGUGGAAGGAAAGGCUGCCUUUAUUUCUUGGUUUGAAACUUGGAUCUACAGCUACGUGAUUUAGAGAGAGCUAUGCUAUCCCUUCAGAUCUCUAGCUGCAGUCUGCAAUAGCUCUUGGCACUCAAAAGCAUAAAUCCAGUAUCAGUAUUGCAGUGGUAUGCAAUUACCAGCCAGUUUAUGGUGAGAUUGAGAGAGAUGGUGUGAGCAUUUUAACUUUGUGUUGCAUGUAGCCAGCAUGUUACCUGUAACUGAUGUAACUGGUAUGGUACGUGUGUGCAUCUCUGCUGCACUGUGAUGGCUGCCAUACAGGCAUGCUCAGGUGGAUGGGCUCUUUUCCUGCCUGUACAUCUGUGCUUAGCUGUAGGUGGACCUGAGCCAAAGCCUGACAGCAAUGGGAAGCUUGGGCUGCUUCAGCUUCCUUCUGUUUGUUUUUAGACAUGUUUCUUAGUUUUUAAACAAACUAAAUAUCCGUUCUGUGGUAAUAAAGCCAUUUCACGAGGUCUAGCAGGAUGCAUUUCAAAGCGAAAGCAGAAUUCCAUCAGACUUCAGAUCGAUCCAAAAUGCUGCUUUUUACAUUUCUAAGUGUCUUACAGUGGCAUACAGUGCAGUUUAGGAGCUUCCUUGGAGAGAAUGUAUUUCACGUAGCCUUCAGUAAUGGGCAUCUGCAUUCAAUAGUACAUACGCACAAUGGGUAAAUGAGUUGGAGGGGGGGGUGGAGAAGUAUAUAAAGAAAAAAAAGGAAAUCCAGAGUUAACUGGUGGCAUUUU